CACGGGCAAGGAAAAUAAAUCUUAUAGACCAACUAUACCAUUUUGAACGAAGCUGAUAUAUAUCAAAUGUCAACUUCAAGAGCUAACAACUAUAAGUUUUUCAACAUUCAUGGCAAUUUUUUUGUGCAGCUUGAGAAGUUGAGUGAGAUACAGUGUCAACCUGAAUCACAGUUGUUCAUAAUAGAUGCUUGGCUGCAGAUAGUUGAAUAUAGACAGGUGCUAAAAUGGAAUUAUGCAUAUGGAUAUUACUUGCCUGAGCAUGACCGUGCCAAGAGGCAAUUCUUUGAGUAUCUACAAGGUGAAGCUGAGUUUGGGUGAGAACUGCUUCAUCAAUGUGCCAAGAAGGAACCCAAAGAUACCUUAAUGCAGAUGGUCCAUUGAAAGACUUCAAAGAAUUCCACACAAAGCUAGCUGGGCUGACAAGGUAAUUUCCAACUUAAGUUUCUGUAUCUCCAGUAUUUAAUUAUGAAGAAAUUAGUUACAAAAAUAAUGGUUGGACUGCUAUAUUUGUUGAACUUAUUUCAUUGUGGAUAAUAUUCUGCCCCUCCAUAACUCCAUUUCUAAUCAGAGUAUUUCUACUAGCAGCCAUUAAAAGUGAAGUUGAAAACUUCUGUGUUU